GGGAGAAAGAGUAGCGAGUGCAAGUAAUGGCGGUGGUGCAAUAUCUCCUCUUCUAAAUAGAACUCUAUAAGCAUCUGCAACUUCUUUUCAUCUCAUCCUGUUUUACCAGUUUUGUUUCUAUACGGAAACUCUAUAAAUCUAUCUAUCUAUUCUAUACAGAAUUAUUAUUAUUAUUAUUAUUAUUCUUAAUAGAUACCGAUCUCAUCUCGUCGUCACUGGAAUUUAAUCACAAAUUCCAAAAGAACAAGAAAGGAAAAAUAAAGUACACGCAGCGAUAGAGAAAGAAAGAGAGAAUUAUAGAACCCUAGUUUCCCUCGAGUGCUGGAGAUCAAGGGAGAAGGAGGAAGAAGAACCUUUAAAUCUAUAUAGGAUUCUACCUUCCUUGCCUCGUAGCUGGACUUGGUUUCUUAUAUGGAAAAUCGGGGUCGUAAACGAGCCGAGCUUGCCGAUCAAUUGCGAGCAGAUAAGCGGGCUUGUAGCUCAUCAGAGUUCAGGCCUGGCUCUUCGAGUUCAUGUAUUCAUGCCCAUACGGGUACCACGAAUUCUGCCUCUGAAGCACCGGAAUGCGAAAUGGAGACUUCAUCCUCUGCUUCUGCAUCAGGGCGAUCAGAAGGAGAAGCCGAUAGGGAUUCAGGAUAUGGGUCUUGUGAUUCUGACGGAUUGGAUGACUCUGAACAUAGACACAGAAGCUUCCGCGAGUAUCAUCCUCGAAGAUCUUCUGGUGACCAUGCCAAAUUCAAAAGGAUUCUGUCAAGCUUAGAGGACGAUGCUGAACCUGGUAGCCAGCUCGCGUCCCUCACGGAGCUGUGCGAUCUCUUAUCAUUCUGUACUGAGGACUCUCUAUCUAGUUUCUCCUCUGACGCCUUCGCUCCUGUUCUGGUCAAGUUAGCUAGGCACGAUAACAAUCCGGAUAUAAUGCUCCUUGCUAUCCGGGCUAUUACUUACCUCUGUGAUGUGUUGCCCCGAUCUUCUGGGUUUCUUGUCAGACAUGAUGCGGUUCCUGCUCUUUGUUCUCGACUAAUGGCAAUUGAGUAUUUGGAUGUAGCAGAACAGUGUUUACAAGCACUGGAAAAGAUCUCCCAUGAUCAUCCACUUGCAUGCUCUCAAGCUGGGGCAAUUAUGGCUGUCUUAAACUAUAUUGACUUCUUCUCUACAAGCAUUCAGAGAGUUGCACUUUCCAUUGUUGCAAACAUAUGCAAGAAACUUCCAUCUGAUUGUUCUACACCUUAUAUGGAAGCAGUUCCUAUUCUGUGCAAUCUUAUCCAAUAUGAGGACCCAAAGCUUGUUGAAAAUGUUGCCAUGUGCUUGAUACGAAUAGUGGAGCGGGUGAGUCAUUCGCCUGAGAUACUGAACGAUCUCUGCAAGCAUGGAGUGAUACAUCAAGCUACAAAUCUUAUUGCUUUAAACAGCAGAACCACUCUCGGCCAACCAAUUUACUCUGGUUUGAUUGGGAUGCUCGCUAGACUUGCCUCUGGUUCAGUUGUAGCUGUCAGGACUCUUUUUGAGCUUAAUAUAUGCACCACACUCAAGCAUAUUUUGUCUAGUUAUGAUAUUGCACAUGGUUUGCCCUAUCCUGUUACGGGUGAUGCACAUUCCAAUCAGGUACAUGAACUUCUCAAGUUGAUAAAUGAGCUUCUUCCUUCUUCAGCUAGAAGCAAUGAAGAUAUUCAGCUAGUUUCAGAUAAGGAGAAGAUUUUAAUGGACAGGCCUGAAAUUCUGAGACAGUUUGGGAUUGACAUCCUUCCUGUCUUGAUCAAGGUGGUUAAUUCUGGUGCAAAUUUAUAUGUUUGCUAUGGCUGCCUUUCUAUUAUCAACAAGUAUGUUUAUUUCAGCAGAUCUGACAUGCUUCUUGACUUGGUUAAGAAUACCAACAUUUCAAGUUUUUUGGCUGGUGUGUUUACAAGAAAGGAUCAUCAUGUAUUGAUCUCUGCUCUAAGGAUUGCUGAGACUGUGCUGUUAAAGCUUCCUGAUGUUUUCUUGAGUUCUUUUGUAAAAGAGGGUGUUGUGUAUGCCAUUGAUGCACUUCUUACACCCGAAAGAAGUUCGCAGCUCAUGGUACCAACGUCUUGUGGCAUCUUGAUUGGAUCAGACCAAAGAUUAGCUGCAAAGGAUGUACUUAGAUGUUUAUGUUUUGCUUUCGAUGCUGACUGCUCUUCCUCUUCAGAAAAGCGAGACUGCAAGCUUGAAGAUGAUUCUGUUCGCAUUCUAGCAAUGCACAUAAAGGCCACCUACUUUCUUACAGAAUCACAGAACUCUGAGAUAGGACUGACUGAAACUCUGCAGAAACUUCGAACUUUUUGUGCGUUAUUAACUGAUAAUGUGAGCAUAUCCAUUGGUAAUGAUGUCUAUGCUCAACAAGAAGAGAACUUAUAUCAUAUAUUGCAUCAAAUAAUGGCAGAGCUUAGUGGAAGGGAACCAAUGUCCACUUUUGAGUUCAUAGAAAGUGGAAUAGUGAAAUCACUUGUAAAUUAUUUAUCCAAUGGCAAGUAUCUAGAGGGAAAGAUAGAUCCCCAUGCCUUAUCCGCUCAUUUUCAUUUUGUGCUAAAGAGGUUGGAGAUGUUUGCUAGGUUUUGUCUUUCCUCUACUGGUGGAGUUUGGGAGGACACACACCUGGCAGUUCUAAUACGGAAAUUGCAGUGCGCAUUUUCUUCUGUAGAAAAAUUUCCUGUAAUUCUAAGCCAUGUUUCCAAGCCAAGAAACACCUAUGCUACUGUUCCAAGUGGUCGUUGCACCAUCCAUCCUUGUUUAAGAGUUCAUUUCCUGAAGGCUGAGGAUGAGUCAGGCCUGUGCAAUUACCCUGGAGAUGUUCUAACAGUCGAACCGUUUUCUUCUUUAGAUGCCAUUGAGGGUUUUCUGUGGCCUAAAGUUAGCUCAGGUGGAGGUGAACAUAUCAAUUUGACAAGUCAGUCCUCGACCCCUUCAAAAAUUGGUCUGCCUCUUCCUCAACAUGCUGAUGCAAGAUCUCAUCAAGUCAACAUUCAAAGUUACAUGGGGAAGAUUAAUGACUUGGAAUCUGCUUUGCCUGCGAUGCAGGUUGUUGCCAUGCUCUCGGAAGACAUGGCUGAAUUGUCCCAUUCUUCACUAGAAGGUGAAAGAGCAGGUGACGUAAUACAAGCUAUUCCAGGUGAUACAAGUACAUCCCUGAACCAAGCAUGUUCCGGCUCUACAGCUCAAGACGUACAAUACAUUCCAGUUGAGGAUGCCAGCUUGAGAGUUCAAGAUUCAGCUAUUGCAACUACCUCCAAUCUUGCGUCUAGUGAUGAACAUAUACAAGGUAGAAAGUAUUUCACAUCCUGUAGCAAUGGUGGUUCUUCCCCAAAAUUGAUUUUUUACAUAGAAGGAAGACAGCUGGACCGGUCAUUGACCCUCUAUCAAGCAAUUCUCCGACAACAAGCAAAGGCUGAGCAUGAUGUAAUUGUGGGUCCAAGAUUCUGGAGUGAAGUAUACAAAGUAACAUAUAGAAAAGCUGCAGAAGUGCAACAAUCAAAUCCUCGUGUUCAUGGUUCUAAAAUUUCUUCCACGUUGGAUAGACUAGGAGCAUUUUGGCAGGAUGUUCCAUUUUUCUCCAGCAUGUUGAUUUCUCAACUUCCUUGUGACUUGGAGAAAUCAAAUCCAUGUUAUGAUAUAUUAUUUCUGCUCAAAAUUUUGGAAGGCCUGAGCAGGUUUGCAUUUCAUCUAAUGUCUGGUGAAAGAAUUCGUGCCUUUGCUGAGGGGAGAAUCAAUGAUCUGGAUGAAUUGAAGGUUGCUGUACCUGCAAUACCACGGACCGAGUUCGUAAACUCUAAGUUAACUGAAAAACUGGAACAGCAAAUGCGGGACCCGUUAGCUGUGUCUAUUGGUGGAAUGCCUUCAUGGUGUAGCCAGUUAAUGGCUGUAUGCCCAUUUCUAUUUGGUUUUGAAGCAAGGGUUAAAUACUUCCGGUUGACAGCAUUUGGUUUCUCACAAGAUCAAUCUCAUCCAUGGUCACACUCGACUAAUAAUAAUCCAAACACCCCAAAUGACAGGCGAUUGAAUGGUCUUACUGUGCCUCGUAAAAAGUUUCAAGUUUGCCGAAGCCACAUUUUGGACUCUGCUGCACAGAUGAUGGAACAGUUUGCCCGGCAUAAAACUAUCAUCGAAGUCGAGUACAAUGAAGAAGUUGGCACAGGGCUGGGGCCAACAAUGGAGUUUUAUACCCUGGUUAGUCAGGAGUUCCAAAAGGUUGGUUUGGGUAUGUGGAGAGAAGACUACAAUUCUUCCACUUCAGGGAAAAGCCUAUAUAUUGAAAGUUCUGGAUUGUUGGUGUGUCCUUUUGGGCUUUUUCCUCGUCCAUGGUCAGAUUCAUCAGGUACCUCAGAUGGGAUACAGUUCUCUGAAGUGAUAAAAAAGUUUGUCCUUCUUGGACAGGUUGUAGCAAAGGCUCUUCAGGAAGGAAGGGUCCUAGAUCUUCCCUUAUCUAAAGCCUUCUGUAAACUCAUUCUUGAACAGGAUCUCAAUAUAUUUGACAUCCAGUCAUUUGAUCCUGAGCUUGGAAGAACCUUGCUAGAGUUUCAGGCUCUUGUUGAUAGGAAGAAAUUAUUUGAAUCUGUUUCUGCGAAUUCCACUACAAUUAUGUCAGAAUCAUGUUUCCGAAAUACCCGAAUAGAGGAACUCUUCCUUGAGUUUACUCUUCCUGGCUAUCCUGAUUAUAUUCUAGCCUCGGGACCUGAUCACAAAAUGGUAAAUAUGGAUAACUUGGAAGAAUUUAUUUCACAAACGGUGGAUGCAACUGUAAAUAGUGGAAUUGACAAACAAAUUGAAGCUUUUAAAUCAGGAUUUAACCAGGUGUUCCCUGUUAAGAGUCUCCAGGUUUUCACUGAAGAGGAGCUUGAACGUUUGUUAUGUGGUGAUCAGGAUGCUUGGGCUUCCAAUGAGCUCUUAGAUCACAUCAAGUUCGAUCAUGGCUACACAUCUAGCAGUCCUCCCAUCAUGAAUUUAUUGGAAAUUAUUCAAGAAUUUGAAUGCAAUCAGCGGCGAGCGUUCCUUCAGUUUGUUACUGGUGCACCUCGUCUCCCGCCAGGAGGCUUAGCAGCUUUAAACCCGAAACUGACAAUUGUUCGCAAGCAUUGUGGUGAGUGGGCUGAUGGUGACUUGCCAAGUGUGAUGACAUGUGCUAACUACCUGAAACUUCCGCCUUACUCUUCGAAGGAAAGGAUGAAGGAGAGGUUAUUAUAUGCUAUAACAGAAGGACAGGGAUCCUUCCAUCUCUCUUGACUUUCCAACUGUGAAUUUGUAAUUACUAGUCUAGGUAGUGGUGUCAAUGAAAGGAAUAGUAGCAGUAGGUGGUUGGUGGUGUUGGCAAUUGAACUAGGAGGUGGGGGAAUGCAAGAAGACCCCAUCUUCUUUGGUGGCAUGCUGGUGUAUAUAGGGGAGGGAGCAGUUAUUGAUUCAGUCUGUGGAUGAGUUGUACAGUUUAAAGUGAAGGGUUCUGAGAAAUUCUCAUCCAACAACCCUUCUGUGUACAGAGCUCCAGUGUACAGAACCAUUUACUGUAGUUAGUUUAUGGCCCUACUAAACACUUUGCAAAAGCAUAGAUAUUACCUUUUUUUUUUAUUAUGAAAAUGUGCUACUAUUUCCAUAUUUAAGGGAAUGAAAAAAUAGUUUUUGGACCGUUUAAAGUUUAA